AUGAGUACUCUAAUAUCGAGUACGUUUGCUUCAACUCAAACUUCGCUACCCUUCACAGAGUCAUGGUUUUCCUCGUCUUCUUUGGAUAGUACAUGGAUGGAAACAACAACACUUAGCCCAAGUGUUUCAUCAUCUGUGUCACCGAUGGCUCCACCUCUACCAGAUCCAGCUCUUAAAUGUCUCGGCGAACGGCAAAUGAUGCUUUCCGUUCACGGGUUGAGCAACGUUCUUAUCGGCUAUGUCGUACCGGUGAUUGCUCUUUUUGGAAUCAGUGGAAACAUUCUAAAUUUGACAGUGCUACUAGCGAAAAACAUGAGAACAAGAUCAAAUGUUUUGUUAGCGUGCUUGGCAGUGGCUGAUGUAGUGUUUUUGUUGUGUAUGCUGCCCGAUGCAAUGGCCAACUAUCGUUAUUUUUCUUUCAACAAUCUCUUCCGAAAGUUUUAUCUCACCAACAAGAUUCAUCUACUCCAUUUAUUGAAUUGGUCAUCGGCGGCGGCUAUCUGGUUGAUUCUGAUCAUCUGCAGUGAGAGAUUGAUCGGAAUUCGAUACCCGUUAUCAGUGCGAAAACAUAAAUCCCUUCUCUCACCCCCGUUUCUCGUCUCGAUGACUGUUCUGCUCACCGGACUUCUCACUUUUCAUCACAACAUUAGCUAUAAAUGCGAGUGGCGAAACUUUUGCAAUGGUACUCAAUACCAUAGCAUGUGCUUUCACGUCGAUGGGCCGGCCUGGUUUCGCAAUCAGCCAAAUCCCACCCCACAAUGGAUUCGUCUUUACGUUCGCUGCAGCUUAGAAAUUCAGGCGGUCUGUGUCGUUUUCAUCCCGGUUUUGCUGGUGUUCAUCUCGAAUCUCCUUCUCAUUGCAACAAUGAGGCGGAGAGCCCGGUUUCUGGCAGUAGGGGCUGGAGGAGGCGAAAUGACGGAUCAACAUCGUGCCCGAACCGAACACAAAGUCACGCUCACCGUGUGCGCUAUUGUCACUUGUUUCACCAUCACUCAGGGUCCUUCAGCUGUGAUCCCAGUAGUCUCGAGCUUGAGUGGCGUGCCGAUAGAGAAGUUCGCCAAAGAGACAACAAUCGUAACGACAAUGGUUGUUGUGGGGAAAGCUCUGAACUUUAUUCUCUUCUGUCUCUCGUCGGCUUCAUUCCGUCAGCGUCUUCUCUUCCGUACAAAGGGCACCCUUUUGCGACGGAAACGCACAGCCGCUCGCAUGGCGCUGCACAUUACUCGGGAAUAUGAGACUCUCUCAACGAGGGUUCAUUCAAGCUCUGAUCCGAAGACUCCACUCGUCUCAGGCACCUUUUCCGCAUUUCAUGAAGGAACGAAGCCAAGACGAGCGCAUUCAAUGAAUAGUCGUGUCGUACAAAUCGAGAUGCAAAGUUCUCCUCGAGAACACAGCGGUUCCGUUUAC